AUGAAUGAUAUUUUUAUGGAAGCUGUGCCAUCAGAAUGUUCACAGCUCCAGAUUCAAGCUCAAAACACAUCAUCAUGUCAUGUGACACUUGACCCAGAUGAUUUCAAAGAAAACAAGGUUAUUCGUUGGGAGAACAUAAUAUGGGUGAACCGGCCAUUCGCCCUUUGGAUUGCUCAAGUCACAGUUGCCAUUAUCAGUCUUAUGGAAACUAUCCUUAUACAGUAUCUCAGUUACAAGGGAAACAUAUUACAACAGAUUCUGUCUGUAGAGUUUUUAUUGGAACUUGUUAAUACAGUUCCCUUUGUUGUAACAAUAUUUUGGCCUCCUCUGAGACAACUUUUCAUUCCUGUAUUUUUUAACAUCUGGUUAGCUAAGCAGGCUUUAGAAGAUAUGUUUAAUGAUUUACACCGAGUGAUGAUGAAGUCUCAGUCAGCCUUAUCUCAACAAAUUAUGAUCCUCAUAGCUACCAUUGUAUGCCUUGUCAUAACCAGUACGUGUGGUGUGCAGCAUCUCCAGCGCGGUGGAAACCGACAGUUUGAUCUGUUUGAGUCGCUGUGGUUCUCUAUGGUGACGUUCUCCACGGUUGGAUACGGUGACAUAUACCCUGAUAUCUGGAUCAGCCAGCUCUAUAUGUUGACUAUGAUCUUUGCAGCCCUCAUUGUUUUCCCCAGACAAUUGGAGCACCUGGGUUAUACAUGGCUGGAGAGACAGAGACAGGGUGGUGCCUACAGUAACCACCGAGCUCAGACAGAACGCCAUGUGGUGGUGUGCACUACCACUCUACAGUCAGACACCGUGCUGGAUUUCCUGAAUGAAUUUUAUGCUCAUGCCAUUUUGCAGGAUUACUAUGUUGUUCUACUUUCUCCAUGUGACCUUGACCCCACAAUGAAGGUCCUCCUGCAGGUUCCUAUAUGGGCUCAGAGGGUCAUUUACAUCAGGGGGUCAGCUCUCAAGGACUCUGACCUCACCAGGGCAAGGGUACAGGAUGCUGAGGCCUGUUUUAUUCUGGCAGCUAGAAAUUAUGUUGACAGAGGUGCUUCUGAUCAGCACACUAUUCUGAGAUCCUGGGCCAUCAAAGACUUUGCCCCUCACUGUCCUCAGUAUGUGCAGAUAUUCAGACCAGAGAAUAAAUUCCAUGUCAAGUUUGCAGAGCAUGUGGUUUGUGAGGAUGAAUUUAAGUAUGCUUUACUUGCCAACAACUGUCUGUGUCCAGCUACCUCAACAUUGGUUACUCUGCUGCUCCACACCUCCAGGGGACAAGAAGGACAGCAGUCUUCUGAGGAAUGGCAGAAAUUAUACGGGAAAUGUUCAGGAAAUGAAAUCUACCACAUCAAACUAGGCGAAAGCAAGUUCUUCAAGGAAUAUGAAGGGAAAAGCUUUACAUAUGCCUCAUUUCAUGCUCACAGAAGAUUUGGGGUCAGUUUAGUUGGAGUUGACCAGAACAUCCAAGACUCCACCAUCCAGUUGAACCCUGGUCCUCGACACAUCAUGAAGUCCACAGACAUCUGUUUCUACAUGAACAUCACCAAGGAGGAGAAUACACGGACCUUUAACCUGGCCCAUCCCCAGGAGGGGGGACAGAAGCUGGACCAGCAGAACCUCCCCACGGGGACUCAGCAGGCCUCAAGGGUGGCUAGCAUGAUAGCCAGUGUGGGUGAAAGUUUUGAUGAUGAUUUUCAGCCAGGAACUGUAGCCCUAGAGUUACAACACACGAGAGUAGCUAACUCAGACUCCAACAAGUCACUGAAUUCUCCGUCAGGCGUAAAACGUCCCUCCCACCUAGAACUUCCGAAAGGCUUGAACAUCCAGAGUCUGCAGAAACGGCCCAGCAUUGCUCCUGUCCCAGCAUUCCUAGAGGCUAACGAUAUCCGUAUUCAACUGAACUCGGAUAUAGAGUCGGAUGAGGAGGAGGAAAUUCCAUCCAUGGAUUCAGAUGAUACUGGAUAUGAGUAUGUUCGAGGAUUUCCACCUGUUACUCCUUACAUAGGUACCUCUCCAACUCUCUGUCACCUCAUGAAGGAAAAGAGGCCCCAGUGUUGUCUUAAACUUGCCACAGAAUGUGAACAUUGCUUCCAUAAGAACGCUAAGGAAUACCAGUUUCCAAACCGAGCCAUUAUUGUGUGUGCUGACUAUGCCAGCAGUGGACUGUAUAACUUUAUUGUGCCGCUCCGAUCUCACGCCCGCCCCAGAGCUUCACUCAAUCCCAUUGUCCUACUGUUAGAGAGAGAACCUGAUUCCACUUUUUUAGAGACAAUCUGUCAUUUUCCUAUGGUUUAUUGGAUGAUUGGAUCCAUAGAAUGUAUUGAUGAUUUACUGCGAGCUGGAAUUAAUCUGGUAGAUAAUAUUGUGAUUGUCAACAAAGAGUCCUCUAAUUCUGCCGAGGAGGAAACGCUAGCUGACUGUAACACUAUUGUAGCUGUCCAAACUAUAUUUAGACUGUUUCCCAGUGCUAACAUAAUCACAGAGCUCUCUCAGACUUCCAACAUGCGCUUCAUGCAGUUCAGGGCCAACGACUCUUAUGCUUACUCGCUUGCCAAACUGGAAAAGAAAGAGAGAACAAGGGGUUCCCAUAUAAGCUAUAUGUUUAGGCUGCCUUUUGCUGCUGGUAAUGUGUUUAGUGCCAGCAUGCUGGAUACUUUAUUGUAUCAGGCUUACCUGAAGCCAUACUUGAUCACAUUUGUUCGACUUUUACUGGGCAUAGAUCAAGCAGUUGGUUCAGGACAUUUAUCUUGUAUGAAAAUAAAAAAAGAGGACCUUUGGAUUCGCACAUAUGGCCGUCUCUAUCAGAAACUUUGCUCAACGACGUGUGAGAUUCCUAUUGGUAUUUAUAGAACCACUAUACAGCCCCGCAGUGCUCCGGUGACCGUAGAGUCACAUGGCCCCGGCAGUAACGCGCCACGAGAUCAGUCCGCUCUGAACCUUGCCUUUAGAAAUUCUGUUAUCAGAAGAAAGCCGAACCCUUCCCAAGACAAGAAUGAAAAAGAUGUGAACCUGAGUGUGAUGGGGAUAGAGGUGGACAAUAAUAACCAGAUGACCCCGGAGAGGCAUGAGAUCAGUCAGAUGGUCAAAUGUCGCAUGCACAGCCUCGGUCAACCAACCAAAGAUUAUGAUGAAGUGAAUGACAAGAGGAAUACGAUCUCCUACGUGAUUAUCAACCCUAGUUACGACCAGAAACUACAGCUUGAUGAUGUCAUAUACUUGAUGAGGCCAAGCUCAUUAUCCCCACAACCUUCACCCCUGAUUGACGAGAGAAAAUCCCCCCACGUCAAGAAAACCAUGAAGAAACGGGAAGAACCUACAGGGGCAGAUAACCCUGACAAUGAAUCCAAGUGUCAAAGAGACUGUUCAACCCUGCCCCACGAAGGGAGGUUUGGAAAAGCUAAGAGCUUAUCAACACUGGAACAAAAAGCAAAUGUGUCUUGUGAUAUGAGGAAAAGCAAAACAUUUUCACCAGAUGAAUUGAGGAUUCCUGACAAGUUGGGAUACAGCAGUGAAAAUGAAUGGGAGUCGGACUGUUGUCAUUCCCUGGAGGACUGUGAAGAGCAGCCCAGAUUUAGCCUUGACAACAGAUCAACAGGGGACAAUCCAGCCAAUGAGGGGACAGGAUUAAGUGGAACUGUUGUUUGAUUGGUUAAUGUAAUAACCAGACAACACAUCUUUUACAAGAGAUCAGUGGACAAUCCAGCCAGUGAGGAAACGGGAUCAAGUUGUAUUGUUAUUUCUUGGUUAAGUCAAGGCAUCUGAUUGGUGCUAAAUGAUUGAUAGUAAGAAGGGAAGAUUUUGUUGCUGUGAUGUGGGGUUGCAGUGAAAUCUGAUAAAUAUUGUUCAUAUUAAUUGUACAUCUGUUUGUUUAUCGCAGGCAUAUGCUGUGUACAUAUACAUGUGAUAAGUUUUUAUAUUCAUACACAAUCGAAUGUAAAAUAUUUUGCAAAUAUAAGAAAGUUUUAAACCUUUUUAUUGAACCUGCAGCAAGGCAAUUACUGAAGAUUUGUACAUUAUGAAUGUAUGAAUAUGUAGGAAUGUGCACAAUAUAUUAUCAGAUUUGAUCAGCUACGGGUUUGUACAAUAUUGUCCAAGAUGAAGUGGCCUGUUGCGCAGAUGACAUAAUCAAAAUCGUGUGUUAUUGAGUAUAUGUGUGAGUUUCAGUGUCAGAUGUUUUAUCUGUACAGGGAAAUACAUGUGUAAAUGUUUCCAUUAUAGUUGUUUGUUAUUUUACUUGAAAAUGAGAAUUUAUACACCUUUAUAUCAAGACAAAGAGACCUCCUUGGCUAUUUAUAUUUUUCUUCUUGAUAUUUACUUAAUAUAUAGUUCAGUAGGAAAAUUAUUUGUUAAUUUGAAUUUACAUUGGGUUUUUAUUUUAACAUGUAUAAAUUUAUGUAAACUUGUAAAGUACAUACUGUACAUUAUCUGACAAAAACCAAUUUUUUUAGAAUUUUUUUUCUGUUGAUUUAUUUUUCCUUCAAUUUAGGUGAAAUAAAAGACUUACCAUUUGAAUUCCAGUUACAGUAUAUCAACAUUCACUCUUGAUUAAUGAUCAAAAACAGUUUCCUAGUCCCUUUGUUGUAAUUAUUGUUAUUUAUUCUUAAUCAGCUAUGAAUUCCUAUCCUUUUUUUGUUUUGUUUUUUAUUAUAUUUUAUAUCCUUCAGUUUAUAAGUUUGGUCUUUUUAUUCCAAGCUUGCAACAUUUUAUUGCACUGUGAUUUAAAUAAUACGAAGAAUUAUUUUUAUUUUGUUUUUAAAGUGUAUUAUUACUGAAAUAAAAUCAUACAUUAUACAUUUUAUGUAUACAUGUGUACUGUGAAAUGUUUUUUUUGUAUGCAUUUUGUAUGUGAAUUCUAGUCAUUAAUUCUUUAUAGUUUAUACAUGGUCAGUUUUAAUGCUAUAGAUGUUUAAUGUUUACAUGUAUCUGUCAGACACAGUCACAGUGAAAUGCCUUGGUCUUUUUGAUUUAUUGUCCUGGAAUCCUUCUGUUUAAAAAAAAAAAGACUGAAAUUUCUUGGGGGGGGGGGGUAUAUGUUGUAGUUUUUGUGGCAGAGACUUGGCAAAAUAAUUCAUUUAACAUUUCAAAUGCUUAGCAAUUGAACACCUGAAUCUUGAAAUAAAGUCACCAUGAAUCGAGAAUUUCUUCCGCAAACUUCAAAAUUUUGACAACACAAAAAUGUGUGAUUUAUUACAUCUUUGUAAUUAAUUUUUAUGAAGGUCUGUUUGUAGAUCUUUAUGCCACAUAUAGUGUUCAUUUAUUGUUUAAACUAUCAAACAGUCGAUUGAAUCUGACAUGCAUUUAAAACAAGAUUCAUGUUUAUCAAGAUUUAUGUGUGAAGUACAAAUGAUUACUGACAUUACAUAAUCAUCGGUUUAUAAGUAACUCGUCACUACAUACAUUUGUAUAUACAUUUUUUUAUUGUGAUUUUUGGAAUGUUUGGCAUUUUGAUUUUGUUCAUGUAGAAAUCUUUUCUUGCAUUUAUAUACACUUUUAUAAAUCAUUUUGUGUGAUUUUCUGAGCGUUUUUACACCCUUUAUUCAACUGAAAUCAGCUAGUACACCUAUCUUUCAACCUGUUUUGCUCUUCUCUUAAAUUUUUUAAAAGUUAUUAUUUGUUGAUAUUAUUGAAUAUAUCAAGAUCAGUUAUUAUGAUAUAUAUGGCUAUCUGUUUUCGUCCAUUACACAUUGUCCAUUAUGCAUCAUACAUGUAAUUCAUCAGAAUUCUGAUUUUUGCAGAACCACUUGACCAGUCAGGGCUCCAAAUUGUUAAAAAUUAUUUGCAAAGAUGACCUGGCUAAUUCAAUACCCUCUCCACAACAGAUUAUGAAAUGUUAAAUUAUUGCAAAAAUGAUCCCAGAGUGGUGUAGAUUUCAACUGAUCUGUAUAAUUGUUCUUUUGACCAAGUUGAGAUAUAGUAUAUAAAAAUGUUUGUAAAUAUUGCCAUGUGAUACUCAGAUGACUGUUAAUGCCCAUGAACUUCUCGUUUUCAAGAGGUAUACAGAUAUUUUUACUUCAUAUUUGUGUGGACUUGCACACCUUUUUUGAGAAAGAUGAAAUGAAAUAAAGUAAAUACAAUGUAAAA